UAAAAUAAAACAGGAACGAAAACCCCACCCUCAGAAUGGCAUCCACCAAGACCACCACCACCACCGACCUCACCCCGGAGGAAAGAUACGACCUAAUAACCAGUAACCUACAAGAAGUCCUAAAACCGAACAUCAUUAAAUCCGUGCUGGCCGAAAACCGCCCUUUAAAGGUCUACUGGGGCACCGCACCGACAGGCCGCCCGCAUUGUGGGUACUUUGUACCGAUGGUGAAGCUCGCACACUUCCUACGUGCGGGAUGCGAAGUCACGGUUCUACUAGCAGACAUCCACGCAUUCCUGGACAACCUAAAAGCUCCUCUGGAGCUGGUGACGCACCGGGCAAAAUACUACGAACUAGUCAUAAAAUCCGUCCUACGAGCCAUCGGUGUCCCGAUCGAGAAGCUACGCUUCGUGCUCGGGUCCUCGUACCAGCAGGGGGCAGCCUACGUUAUGGACCUGUUCCGCCUCAGCUCUAUUGUCACCGAGCACGAUGCGAAGAAGGCGGGCGCAGAGGUGGUCAAGCAGGUUGCCAGCCCUCUGCUCAGCGGGCUGAUUUACCCACUCAUGCAGGCGCUCGACGAGGAACACUUGGGUGUUGACGCGCAGUUCGGUGGUGUGGAUCAGAGGAAGAUAUUUACACUUGCGGCUGAGAAUUUGCCCGGGAUUGGAUUCAAGGAGAGGGCGCAUCUGAUGAACCCUAUGGUUCCCGGCUUGGCGGGGGGCAAGAUGAGCGCUUCCGAUCCGAAUUCUAAGAUUGACUUGUUGGACGGCGAGGAGGUUGUCAGGAGCAAGUUGAGGAAGUCGCAUUGCGCUCCCGGGGAGGUGGAGGGGAAUGGGGUUAUCUCGUUUGUGGAGUAUGUGCUUUUUCCCAUUGCCGAAUUGGCGGAUGAGAAGGGGGAGGGGAAAUUUGUCGUGCCUAGAGAUGAGAAGUGGGGUGGGCCAGUCACUUAUUCCUCUGCUGCAGAGCUUAAGAAGGAUUACAAAGAGGAUAAGGUCUGCCUAUCCCCAUGAGGUUUACUACCAAAACGCGAGCUAAUAGAGCCAUAGCUAUCCCCAAUGGAUCUAAAGAGGGGGGUCGAAGAAGCUCUUAAUAAACUCCUCGACCCGAUUAGAAAGGAUUAUGAGCAGGACGAGGAAUUCAAGAAGGUUGCAGAACUGGCCUAUCCAGCCGAAGUCAAGGUCAAGAAGAAGAAGGAAAAGAAGAUCGGAACCGGCUAUGUUCCAAAGGACAAGAAAACCACUGCGGAGAAGGUUACCGACGGUGUCAUUAAACCGCAGGAGGCGGUCGAAGUUGCAGUAGGCACCAGUGCAAAAGACGCUCAAGAUAAGCUUGCUAGAACGGCAGAGUGACGGGUUGUGAUCCGGUAUGGCCGAAGACAGAGCGCUGAGGAAAAAACAAAGGGGAUGUGGGGGCGUUAGACAGAAAGAUGCUAUUUCACUUCUUGUAGAUAGAUUUCAAUACCGUGCAGCUCUUAUAGCAUCACGUUUCCCCAUUUAAAAAAUGAAUCCUACCACAAGCAUCAUCUU